UGAUGGGGCACUAUUCCUCCCACUGACACCAAUGAUGGGGCACUAUUAGUCCCACUGACACCAAUGAUGGGGCACUAUUCCUCCCACUGUGAUACUAACGAUGGGGCACUAUUCCUCCCACGGACACCAACGAUGGGGCACUAUUCCUCCCCCCCACUGACACCAACGAUGGGGCACUAUUCCACCCCUCACUGACACCAAUGAUGGGACACCAUUCCUCCCACUGACAUCAAUGAUGGGGCACUAUUCCUCCCACUGACAUCAAUGAUGGGGCACUAUUCCUCCCACU